UGGUAGAUAGCAUUUCGUUAUGUAAUCAAUUACAUUAAUUAGAUAUCUAAUAUGCAACAAGCUUCAUGGCAAGGAUCGAAACAUGUGGUAACGUGGUAAACUUUUAACGACGUAAUUGACUUUUUUCAGUCACUCUUUCCCAUUUUUGGCCAUGUAGAUGGAAAUUUUUGCGAUACUCGGUUAAACACUUACGCGGAACCGUAUAGGAUAAAUAUGUCAAAAGAGAAAAGAAAGUACAUAGCUACUAAGACUACGAUCUUGUCAACGUCGUCAUCGGGGUUGCCUAAAUGGCGACAAUCGCCGAUCAACCUAUGUAGGACAGCUACAUGGAGUAAACAAUUUCCACCUCUAUAUAUGACAAACUACUGGUCGAACGAAGGUACAGCUACAAUGACGAAUACGGGUAAAACAGUGAGUAUAGAAUUUUCCGAUAGAACGCUACCUACGAUGCGAGGUGGUCCUUUGAACAAAGACGUGUUUCAAUUCGUGAAUGUAGAAUUUCGCUGGGGCCCGGAAGAUUCAUUGGGCGCGGAACAUUCUAUAAACGGGAUCUGGUACUCCAUGGAGGCACAGAUAAUGCAUUGGAACACUCGUUACGGAUCGAUAGAGAAGUGCUUCGACAAACCAGAUGGAAUUGCGGUGCUCUCCUACCUCAUGCAAGUGGUUGGCUGCCCUGGAAUUCCUGAUAAUCCUUCGCUGACAAAAAUCACCGAUAACCUGACAAGUAUCAAAAGAAUGGGAAGCAGUAGCAAAAUUCCACCUGAUUGUCUGCUUUGGAUGUUAGAAGCGUGCAGGGCUCAUGGCUAUUACACAUAUCCAGGUUCUCUUACCGUUCCACCAUAUAGCGAAUGCGUUAUUUGGAUUAUUUCAUCUACUAUUACGAAAAUAUCCGCUCGCCAGAUAGACGCAUUUAGGAAUCUUUACGAUGGCAAGUGGAAAAACAUAUCGGGAAAUUGUAGACAACAACAAAAUCUUCAUAGAAGAAGAAUUCUAUUUGCUACGGAUACUGCUGUAACAUGAGAAACGAAUAACGCAUGGACAAAUAAUUACUUUAUCAUUUACUUAUCUGUUAUUACGUGAAUAUCACUUACAACAUGGUUCACGCGUUUGCUUCGUAAAAAUAAAUAAAA